AUGGCCGAGGAGCAGCACGGGGCUUGGUUCGGCUUCGGCUUCUGCGGCUUUGGGCAGGCUCUAGGCUCUGGCCGCGAGCGCCAGGUGCACAGCCCCGAGCCUGUGGGAAGGCCGGUCACGGGCGCCGACAUCCGCCGCGUGUGCGCGAGCUGGAGCUACACCGCCUUCGUGAGCCGUGGAGGCCGCACUGAGCUGUCGGGCUCGGCGAGCGGCGUAAUUAGCUGCUGCAGAGACGCGUGGGCCUCGGAGGCCCUCCUCGUGGUGCUGCGCGCAGGCCCCGGACCUGAGGCGGAGCUGCAGGUCUGGUCUCCAGGCUCGGCACCGCGUGGGGAACCUCUCUGGGCCCAGACCGUGGUGCCGGAGGCCGCGAAGGAACUCGGAUCUAGCGGUGAGGCCCAGGCCGGGUCAUUGCCUUUGCUGCCGGGCGCCUGCGCCUACGUGAGCCCUCGGCCGCCCUUCUACCAGCCUCUGGCCCCGGAGCUCCGGGCACGCCGGCUGGAGCUGGGUGCAGAGCACGCAUUGCUGCUGGGGGCCGCGGGCCAAGUGUUCUCCUGGGGCAGCGGCAGGCAUGGACAGCUGGGCCAUGGGACCUUGGAAGCAGAGCUGGAGCCAAAGCUAUUGGAGGCACUGCAGGGCCUGCACAUGGCUGAGGUGGCUGCUGGCGGCUGGCACUCUGUGUGUGUGAGUGAGACUGGGGAUAUUUAUAUCUGGGGCUGGAAUGAAUCAGGGCAGUUGGCCCUGCCCACCAGGAGCCUGGCGGAGGAAGGGAAGACAGUUGCAGGGAAAGCUACUGGGCUGACUGUGGAUGGUUCUGAAGUGAAGGGAACAGCUGGGGGUGAGGAUGGAACCCCUGCCCCCUACAUUGCUGUGCAGCCCUUCCCAGCUUUACUGGAUCUCCCCCUCGGCUCAGAUGCAGUCAAGGCCAGCUGUGGGUCCCGGCACACGGCUGUGGUGACACGAACGGGAGAGCUCUACACCUGGGGCUGGGGUAAAUAUGGGCAGCUUGGCCACAAGGACACGGACAGCUUGGAUCGCCCUUGCCGUGUGGAAUACUUUGUAGAUAAGCAACUACAGGUGAAGGCUGUGACCUGCGGCCCCUGGAACACAUAUGUGUAUGCUGUGGAGAAAGGGAAAAGCUGA